UUUUUUCAGUCGGUGUUUGUUAAAUUGGUAACCUUCCGCAAAAUGUUUAAGCUUCCGUUUCUAGUGAUCGCAUUGGGAUCGGUCCUCUGCAUGAGUUCCAUUUCAGCGGAGCCCAACAAAAUUCAGGAGGCGUUGAGUAAAAUACCCCUCAUGGUAGAUGGAGUGAUGAAGAAGAUAGGCGGCGGAGGCGCUGGAGCAGCAGUUUCUCAGAUUGCAGAAAUGGGCAAAAAAUUCCUUGGAAAACUAGGAAAAAAUAGAAGCCGACGAUCCGUGCGAUCCAGGUAUGUGGAAACCAGUAUGAACGAUAAGGAAUACCAAUCGGUGGACGUGAGACACAAAUCGGACGAUGACGCACCCCAGAAGCUCCAACAACAAGUAGAAUCAGUUUGCCUGGUAAAGGACAACGAGAUCUACUGGUUGGAUAUGGUUGCAGCAGCAGCGAUACACGUUAUGCAGGAAAUGAGGAAGGUUCUACAUGGAAAAUUGGUUGCAUAUCAAAUGCCAAACAAUUUGUAUAAUCGAACGACGCCAGCCAACUAAGAAGUGUUAAGGAACACUAUUGAAAAAAAGAAGAAAAUGAAAAUAUAUCUUGUUUUUCCACAUAUAGAUU